AUGGCUCUCUUCCUGGCUGUCACAAUUCUCUGGGCGCUGAUUUGGCUGCUCUACCGUGCAUGGCAGGUCUGUCAGACGCCCAACGAAGUUCUUGUGGAGAAGCUGGGACUCGACAUUCCGCCACCCCCGGAAGUUACUCUAGAGGAGAUCACAGCGCGUGAGAUCCGGAUAGCCUGGAAACAACCGGAGUUCCACAACUCGAUCCACAAGCACAUCAUUCAGCUAAAUGGUGUCAAAGUGGGCGAAUCGAAACGAGCGGAGACUGCUGUCGAAAUUCUAAACUUAGUCCCUGGAAGUAUUUACCAUAUUUGUGUGCUCUCAGUCAGCGCCGCCAAUUUUCAGACACCCAGCGCAAUCAUUCAUGUGCGCACGAAAUCUCUACCUCUCUCCCAGUCGCAGCAGAAUGCGCCGGUCGGAAACCCUACCAUCCGGGCAUCGAUUCCCCGAUCGACUGCAGGCCUGGCCGCUCCCGCGGCGCCUGUGAUGGCGCGUGAGCAUAGCGGAGGACAACUUCAGGCGAAGCGAUCCACGGCUGGGCGGAAACCAUCCCCUGCAGCUAGCACAACCGACAUCGCUCACUCCAGUGCCGAAGAUUUGCACAAAAGUACCGCCAAUGACGAUCAUGAUGAAACACUGGAGCAGCUUGCCGAUCGAUUGAAAUCCCUGCAGCAGGAAAAUGAAACCGUGGAAAAGCAGACCGCCGACGAAGAAGAGGAGCACAUCGCUCUAAUAAAAGAACUAGAGAAGCAGCGUGAUGAGCUGAAGAAGCGAGUGAAGGAGAAGGAUGAAGCCAGCGGCGACUUGAAGAAACACGUCUACAAGUUGGAAAGCGUCAACCGCACUGUGCAAAGUGAAAAAGCUAAGCGUGAAAGACUCCUGCAGCAGAAAGAGUCCGAGCGAAAGAAACGAAAGGCCGACAUCAUUCGGUGGCAGGAGCAGGUUGAAAGCAUGGCCCGUGAAGCUGCUGAGUCAAGAGAGGAGAAGGCUCGAGUCGAAGAGGAAGCGAAACAGCGUGCAGAUGAGAUUCGAGAGAAGAUCGGUAAGGAGCAGUCGGAGAUGAAGGUCAUCGAUGAUGAGAUCCAGGACAAGGGCGGCCGUGUCAAGAAACUUGAGGAUGAAAGGAAGACUCACCAGGAGGCCGACAGUGAGGACGGAAAGGAGUUGGACAGAAUUGAUAAUGAACGAGCGCGGCAAUGGGAUGUCAAACUGAGCAACCUUCAUGCUCGCUAUGCCACUCUAGUCAGCCUUCAUGCACAGGCGCAGCAACAGUAUCAAGAGGCCCAGGAACGCUUGAAAUGGCUCACAACACAGCGAAGCGGCAGCACAGGACCCUUUACUCUUCCAGCUCUCGAUUUGGACCUCUCGAAUACCGCAACCAUCCGUCCCCGUCGGCAUCGCAGUUCGCUUACCAGCAAUGUCUCUUCGCCCAUGAACUAUACGUCCCUAGAGCCAACAUUCUCCAGCAGCCUUGGCUACAAUCCUCCCGUUACCAGCUCACCUACUUUUGGGCCAACCUCCACUUUCUUCAACAUCACGAACGGAAUGACUCUACCGAGUUUGACUAGUCAAUCUGAAUCCCUGCAUGGCUAUCCAGCAGAUCAGAUAUCUCUCGGUGCCCCUCAAAUGAGCCCUCGCGCAGACGCCUUACUACCUUCGGAUCUUCUUGGCGACGAGGAGUCGCCUGAGCUUCCUCGUCCGGUCAUUCGAUCUCGUUUUCCCAACCUUGAGCAACCGGGCACCCAGCUCGAAUUCCCCCACGGCCCGCCGUCGCCAGAUUCACCCAACAACAGUCGUCCAGCAAGCCUCUUCGCCAGCCCUCAUGAGAGCCAACCUCAUUCUAUCGACGUCGAGCCUCAACCCACGAAUCUAGGGGAAGCAGGCGAAGCGCCAAAGAGUGCCUCGCGGCGACUGUCUGGCCUCUUUGGCUUCCAUCGUCCUCGCGGUAAAACUCUUGCCGAUGAACCGCCUUUGCUGGGCAGUCUGAAACCAGGACAGAGUCAGUCAUUCCCCCGUAAUGUGGAUGAAAUGGAUCCCAUUGGUGCUAGACGUCGUCGGCUGAGCUAUACAGGCAAUUGGGCCAACCCAAUGUCAUUGUUCCCUCGAAGCAAUACAGCCGGUGCCACAACUGACAGCUCGUCGGAUCACCAUCCAUCUCGUCGCACUGCGUUCUCGAGCAUCUUCUCUCCCAGUAGAUUUGGCUUUGGCAGUGGUAGCAGCUUGCUCAAGUCCGGCGAGAAUGCGGAUCUCAGCACGGGAUACAACCAAUUUAGCCCCCGGCAUGAUCCCAUCGAUCCCGCUACAAUUCUCGGGAAAGUGCGACGAGAAUCAUUGUCUCCGAGGCCGUCUUCGACCUUCUCGUUUGACAAUCACCUUCCCCAUCCUUCGACAGAUAAUAGGCACUUCGGCUGGCCGUCAGCUGAGAAGCCUGGCCACCGUAGCCCCUUGGGAUUUGAUUGGGCAUCCCCCUCAACCUGGUCAAGGGUUCAAUCCCGCCGGCCAUCGAUUCAGUACGGAUCUUCUGGUCACCUGCCUCUAAGUCUAACCGGUGAGCCCGAUUUUCUCCAGGACUCGGCUUUCGAGCGACAAGGACGCCCCUUGCAGGCUCCUAUUGGCACCCGACCAUCGUCUUCACAUCGACCGGUUACUCCAAAGCUGAAUCCUGCAGCGCCUUCGUUCAAGGCCAUCUUUUCUUCCGGGAAGAAAUCCGAUAGGAGUAAGGAGAAAGACAAGGGCAAGGACCGGGAGUUAGAGGCACCGUUUGAUUUUCCUAUGGACGAGGGCUCUCCCUCGGAGUCGCGGGCUUCCCGGGAUUCACGUUCUCUGUCUGCCCUCACUGGCGAUUCGUAUGAAUCACUGGAGCGAAUGCUUUCCGGGGGUUCGUUGGACAAUGCCAGCUCGAAGGAGUCAUUUAUCCGCAAGAUCACCCGUAAAGGGAGCUCGAGUAAAUUCAGUUCAUGGAAGGAUCGGUCUGGUCUUUUUUCCAAGCGGGGUGACACCGCGCAGGGAGAUAUCGAUGAGGAUGCCCACGGUGAAGGGCUACUUGCCAAGAGCAUUGACAGCACUGUCUCGAGCGCACCCUCUGCGGAUAGAUCAACGCGCAGCAGCUUGGGUUUCUUCAGUCGGAUGUCGAGGAAGUCAGCUGCUAGCGAGACGAGCGAGCGUCCUAGCGAACAGGCUAGCGAGGCAGACGAAGAUUCCGAGGAGGAGGAUCAUCAUCAUUCUUGAUCAUACUGCAACCCCAUACUGCGUCGUGCAGCAUUCAUUCUCUCACUUCUUCUAUCCAUAGAUCAAGAGUCAGUCAGUCACUUGUCAUUUACUUCUUUCGACCUUUCCUAGCGCUGUAAGCUUCAGGGUUGGUGGUCAUCACUUUUCCGUCUUUUCAGUCUUUCCUAGGCAUAUUUGGAUUGCACAUAAUAAUUUACCUAAAGG